AUGAAGAGGAAAGCAGAGUCAGAGCCCAGCGGGAACAACGGCAAAGGCGUCCUCAAGAAGCGCUCGAAGACCAUUCUCUCGGACGAGGACGUACAAAAGAGUUUCAGAAAGGGUCUGUUCGAUAAGGAGACACUGAAGAAAUCUACCAAUAGUUAUGCAGAAUCAGAGCCCUACAAGCAUACCGUUAUCAACUCUUUGAUCAACGAUGAUUUGCUCCGUUCAGUCCGCAACGAAAUCAAAGAGAAUGUCGAAUUCACGCCCAAGGAAACCGAUAUAUACAAGAUCCACCAAUCUGGAGAUCUAGCUAAUCUUGACGGACUUGACGAUGGCGCCCUGGAGAAGUUGCCGUCUCUUCUCCGGCUACGAGACGCCAUGUACUCGUCCUCGUUCAGGAAAUACGUUGCUAGUAUUACUGGAUCAGGGGAACUGAGCGGGAGGAAGACAGAUAUGGCCAUCAAUGUCUACACGCCUGGAUGCUAUUUGCUAUGCCACGACGAUGUGAUUGGGAGCCGGAGGAUCAGCUACAUUCUGUAUCUGACGGAUCCAGAUAUGCCUUGGAAGGAAGAAUGGGGCGGCGCUUUACGAUUGUAUCCUACGAAGACGUUCGAGGAUGGGGGAGAGAAAACGAUUACACCGAGUCCUGAUUUCACGAAGGUCAUCCCACCAGCUUGGAACCAGUUGAGCUUUUUCGCGGUUCAACCGGGCGAGAGUUUUCACGAUGUCGAAGAAGUUUAUCACGCUGCGAAUAAAGAACAGUUAGAGAAGGAGGGUGGGAGGAUUCGUAUGGCUAUCAGCGGAUGGUACCACAUCCCUCAAAUUGGAGAGGAAGGAUAUAUCAAGGGAGCGGAGGAGAAAUGGGGCGCCAAUAGCAGUUUGAUGCAAUUACAAGGAAACCCGGAUCGAUAUGACUUCCCUCAAUCGCAGACAAUUACCGUCGAAGCGCCCAAGGCGGACAGCGAAGAUAAAGAUCUCGACGAAGAUGAUUUGACCUUCUUGCUCAAGUACAUGGCACCGACAUACCUCACGCCAGAUACUUUGGAACAGGUCACAGAACGCUUCUUGGCCUUGUCUAGUGUUGAGCUCGACUCGCUGUUAUCAAACAAAUUCUCUGCGAGAGUCCGUGAAUAUGUCGAAGCUCAAGAAGCCGCCCCCCUGCCAAGUGACAGCGCCGAGAUUGAAAAGGGAUCAUGGAAAGUCGCUAAACCACCCCACAAGCACCGAUUUCUAUUCCUCCAACCCAAGGAUAGAGAGACCGAUGAAUCUGCGGAGCUGAAUCCUAUUGAGGAAUUACUAGAGGUAUUCCUGCCAAGUCGUCAAUUCCGGAAAUGGCUUGAGAUAGCUACGCAGUGCGAGAUCGAGAAUUACGAUGUCUUAGCACGGAGAUUCCGCAAAAGUUACGACUACGCUCUUGCAACGAGCCACGAAGGCCAGCCAAGGUUGGAGAUUAGUCUGGGGCUGACUCCAACUCCUGGAUGGGGUGUUGAAGAGGACGAAGAAGAGGAAGAAGGUGAUAGUGAUGAAGAAGCCGAAGGAUCAAAAGCGAACUCGAACGGAAAGUCAAAGGCCGAUGGCAAGAAGAAUGAACCGGAGGUUACAGAAAAAGAGGAAAUAGAAGAUGUGGGAGGCCAGGAAGUUUACAUGGCUGGCGAUGAUGAUGAGGCAGAUGGAGAUGCAGCGAUCUACAAGUCCUCGUCGGACCCCGACGAUGACAACCUUCUGUUCACAAUGCCGGCAUCUUGGAACAAGAUGAGUAUUGUUCUCAGGGAUAGUGGGGUAAGCAUUCCGAUCUUUUAUAUGCGCGAGUUUCAAUUGCUUUUCGAGAAUCUGGAGACAUUGAAAACUGCGACGGACCCUUUUAAUGUUCCUCAAUCGAGCCAUACUAAUUCCGCACAGGUCCUGAAGUUUGUCAAAUACGUUAGCAAGAAUGCCAAGGGUGAUCGCUGGGAUAUCAGUGGCGCAUUUGGUGUGAAAGAAUUGGAUGACGACGACGAUGAUGAUGAUGAUAAUGAUGGAGAGGAAGCAUCUGGCGAAAUCAUAACCCUUGAGGACAGCGAGGAAGAGCCUUUCAACGGAUUUCCGGACUCAGAGGACAGUGACUCUAAUUAA